ACAAUAAAAUAUGGAUGCUGCAAAUAUUCCUCCACGAAAGGGUUUCAGAGCAAAGAAAACUCUUAAAGUAAGUGACCGCCAGCAGUGGGAAUCAUUACUCCGAAGAAAACAUCACAUUGAGAUUGAACAGCCAUGUAAAGAAUGCAAUCAUCAGGGAAACAAUUUGCAGAGCAUGAAUGCUGGAAGUAUAGAUGGUGGUAAAUCUAAUGAACUCUUCAUUUCAAAACAUGAAAAUAAUAAGCCUGCAGAAUCUGAACUAAACCAGAGUACAACGUUUAAUGAUAAUAUCAAAGUCAUUCAGACUAAGUUCAAAAUAUUGCCUGAUGUUUGCAGAACAGAAAAACGGCUUGAGAAUCAACGGUUAAAUAGUCAGAAAAGCUUUCAAAUCACUGGUCAUCUAGAAACUAAAACGCAUCUUCAGAUGGAGCAUCAGAAUAUUAGCUUGCUGAAAAAGAUUAUAACUACAACUUCAAAAACUAAUAAUCAAAACAAAACUGGUGCACAUAGUAGCGCUAUUCAUUCAUCAUAUUUUGUAUUAAAAGAGGACUUCAAUGGAGCUUCUAAAACCAAUUCUACCAACGCUCCAGAGCUGCUGGAUCAGAAAAAUAAUGUAAACUCCAUUAGUUCGGAUAAGACACAGAACGUUGAUCCAGUCUAUCGCAUUGUUGAUGUUGAAAAUCUUAAAUAUAUUUCUUCAAUCUCCAAUGAUAGAACCAGUAAACUGAAGAAAUUAAAGCUUUCGCUUGUUCCUAUGGUAGAAAAUUUGUCCACUGAAUCGGAGGAGAACAUAAUGUAUAAUAUGCAGUUGUCAGCAUUACCUGUUACUCAAAAACUAAAAUACAAAUUUAAUGAAAGUUUACGUACUGAAAGUCUAAGUUCCAGUGUUCCAAAAUACAAUAAUGAAGAAAAAUCGGAUGAAUUCAAUAUUCACACGGAUGAUCAGGAUGAAAUUGCAUGUACCCCAAUCAUACUAAAGGAGUUGAAAAGCCCUGAUCGACCUCGAAAAAAGAGGACACAUUCUAGUGAAAAAAAACAUAAGCGGAAGCGGAAGAAAAUCAGGACAUCACAUAAUGUGAACAGUGGCCAUCUCAACUUAAGUUUUGAUAAAAGUACAGAGACUACCAAGAAGAUAACCUGGGAUGAGAUGCAAAAAGUGCUUCACAGAAGGAUAGCCGCAGAACUUAGUAGUGAUAUUUUGGGCAAGAAAGUUGAAGAGUUAACAAGACGAAUUGAAAAUAUUGACUGCACGCAAAAGCAUGAAGAACUGGCGCAAAGUAUUCAAACGAGAAUAAAUAAUUUGGAAAAAAAAGUAACAACUGUUUUACAGACUAUAAAUAGACCAUCGGCCAGGAGGAAACCAGAGGAGCCUAAAAUGCCUCCUGUACCACAUUAUCCAACUUCUGCAGCAGAUCUGAAAAAUGCGGAGCCCACGACAUGUGUAAACUACAUGGAUUCGUCUGCAGUUCCGUCAGACCAGAAAUUACAGCUUUUGCCUCAUGAGAAAACUUCUGAUUCAACUAACUAUGAAUUGAACUUGCAACAACUUAAAAGAAAAAUGCCCAAUGAUGCAAAGAUUACAAAGAAUAUUCCAUUACCAAAGAAUUUGGACACUGUAACUCCAGCAAGUACACACUGCAGUGGUGUGGCUUCAAAAACCGUACAAUGGUAUAUGGUGUCUCCAAACACACAAAUUUGGCAAUCUGAUAGCAACCAACAACAAAUGCAGGAGAGUAUUCUGACAAGUAAUAAAAUGAUAAUUGACCUUACAAAAGGUGAUGAAUGGUGUCUUAACAAUCAAAGUAGGAAAGAAGCAUUGAACCAUAGAACGUCUUUCUUCAAGAGCGCACCUGGAACUGAGACAGCCACAUUUAAAAACAUAAGGUGCCCACCUGUAAGCUCAUGCUGAACAGUGGAGGCAAAACUAAGGAAUCACACAAGCAAUGAGUCGGAUUGCAGUAUACUGCCACAUCCAUCACAAUGGUGAACAACUAAAUAGCUAAUAAGAAGAGGAUGCUGCAAAAACUCCCCCAUCUUAACAAUGGGAAUCAACCAGUUGAGUGCAUAACACACCGUAGAAGCUUUUUCAAGCUUCUUAAGACAAAUUGAUGAGCGAAUGAUUGUGAAAUUGAUAGUUCCUGAGAGCAUUGCAGAAACUAAUUCCAUUCACUCCCUGAGAUAUCAAAAAGUUGUUGAUGGCAUUAAAUACCGAAAAGGCAAUUGUAAUACUUAAUUCUUGAUUCCAGAGCCGAACAUGUUUCUAUCAAUGGUAUUCUGGUAAAGUUACAAUGACGGCAUAUGAAAAAUUACUGAGAUUAAACCUGUCCACAAAAAAGUGGUCAAAUCCAAAGUUAAUCACUCUUGUUUUCAGUGCUGUAGACCACGUGAUUGUAGAAUCUUUAGACUAAUAAUGUGGUGACCAUGUUCUGGAAAUGACUGUUACCCUUUGUGCGGUUGAUUACUUUUCUCAAUUCUUAUAGUCUCAUUGAUUAGCAUGGCCACCACUGAGGAAAGGACCCAUGAGAUGCAGAAUUAGUGAAAACUGCUCAUUUAUGCAGGAAAAACAUCAAACUGCAUUGAUCAGAUACAGUUGCAAUCUAAAUGAACUGCAAUGCUUCUUCCAGUAAAGUAUUAAUCCAUUGUGCAUCUUGAAAAAAUCAAUUGUUAUAAACUUAAAAUUAAUCUCAUUUAGGGAUUUCUCGAUAUUGAAUGAUUGUGGAAUUUAUGAGCUUGAAAUGCUAGCACCUUAAUUUACCUUCCUGCCCACAUUUCUCUGGCCACCCUGAACUAUGAUCAUAAUAAUGCUUCCAGUCAUGGAGUGUGGCCAAAAGUAACAUUACUGAUGCACCCCAUUCAUUGAGUCAACAAUUAUAUUCUAAACAAAAUAUUUAACUUUGGAAAGUUUAUGUGAGUUGUGCAGCUGCGCAGUUAAUUUUUCCAAUAUCAGCAGGAAAGCAAAAAAGACAGUGAAAGUCAAAGAACUGUAGAUGCUGCAAAUCUGAAGUAAAAUGAUAAAAUGUUGGAAAUGCUCAGGCCAGGCCACUGUGGCAUGACAAAGUUAAUGUUUCAGGUCAAAGACUCUUCAGCCAGCUAGAAGAAAGGUCUUCCACCUGAAAGGUUACCUUUGUUUGUCCUCCCACAGUUGUGGCUUAACCUGGGUAUUUGCAGAAUGUUCUAGUUUUAUUUAGAAAACCAACAAACCAGCACAAUAUGCUCCUAAUUGUACUAAAACCGCUUCAUGGUAGUCAUGGAAGCUCCAUCUUGUGUCAGAAAUGAGUGUUGCACAAACUGACAGUAGUCCAUGCACCCGAACACCAUCAAACAAAUAUAUACACUAAAAUGCAUCAUGCGUGGAAGUGCCAGUUUCUUUUAACAUUUGGUAAAUCGCACCUGGAAAUAUCUCCAGUGUAAUCUAUUCUUACAAUGCAUCCCAAGGUCUAGGUUAGUAUCAUAUAUUCUACUUAAAAGAUUUUACAUUUUGCACAAUGGAUUUUUGUUGGAACCUCGUAAGAAAUAAAUUGUCAGGAUAUGUUUUUUACAGAAAUUUGGAUAACAAUAUAAUCCGGCUGCCCUAUCUUUUGUCAUUGUCAAUCAGACUGAAUAAUCUGACUAAUAUGUAACCAAAGAAGGUGCAUAUUUUCUGUGAUUAGAUCUUGUUAUCACCCCUGUGGUCUAUUGGAAACGUAAGCUAAAUCUUGGAUAAAAAUGUAUUACUUCUAUCCCACUAAUUUGUAACAUGAAAAGUCUUAGAAGAGCCAUUUGAUUUGUUGUGCCUGUAAUUUUUCUGAAAGCACUGACAUUUGUAUAGGGUCAUAGAGAUUGAGCACAGACCAGUCCUUUCAGCCCACUGUCUCGACUGACCAUCAUAAGUCAUAGGAGCAGAAUUAGGCCAUUGAGUCGAUUCUGCUAUUCAAUCAUGGCUGAUCUAUCAACCACCAAUUAGUCCAAAUUCUUAUUUCCUUUCCCAUAAUCAUGCAUGUUUUUCUUUUGAAAUAGCUGUCCAUGAAUCUGAUUACACAUUGCCACUAGCAUUGCAUUCCAGAUCAUAAUACAGCUCUCAUCUUGCCCUAACUAUCUUCGAAUUCAGAGGUUGAACGGAGAUAGCAGUUACUAUAUACAUCAAUUUGCUACUUGCAGAUAUCUUGGAUAUGUAAGUUUAAUCAGACACAAAUAUUAAUACAUCCUGUGUCCAUAGUUCACAGCAUUUGUUGCACCUAAAGAAAUUAAAGGCUUUGAAAUUGAGAGGCGUUGGUCAUGAUACUCCAUAGAGAUUGUUCUGGUAGUAAACUAGAAAUUUCGCAAAGUUUAAAGGGAAUGGUGUUAUGUGAAGUCAGAUGGGAAACUAUUAAGGUGAUGAAUGUUUUAACAAAUGGGAAAAUACUAUAAAUGAGCAGUGCAAAUUUACGGUUCCACUGUUUCAAAGAUGGAAUGUGAUUAGAUGCCUAGAACAUUUGUGAAUUCCCAAGAGCUAACAAUUUCACUUAAUUCUAUAUUUGUGUAGAUUCUUGUAGUUCCUACACCACUGUGUAAGAUGAUUUUAACAUCAAAUCAACCUUCUGAAGCUGAUAAUAGAAACUCUCCCCAGAAGCCAGUAUUAAACAGGAAUUCCUCUCUUGGAAUGUUACAGAUGUUGGUCAGACCUGUACUGUUGCACGCCAUUAAGAGGUGUAUGCAUACCUCAAAGACCCUAUUUUAAAGUGCCCAUCACACUGGAAAAUAAUUGAAGAGACAUAAACACAUCCUCUUCGAAUAGCUUGCACUUUGAUUCAUUUUGUACUUGAAAUGAAUGUUCAUAUCUUUUUACCAGUUAGAGAAAGAUAUAUCACCAUUUUGUCCCUUUUUCCAAAUCGCAAGCUAUUUGUAUCAUAAAAACUAUGGACUAUGCAGAGGAAAUGUCUAUCAAUGGACUUUCAUUGUUGUAUUGAUUAUUCAACAAAAAAAAGCAGUAACUUUAAUUUACUCUGAAUUGUUCUUGAUAUAUUAACUACUAAACAAAUCUGGGUCUAAUUCUAAGUCCAAAUUCGUUAAAUGCAAGUGUGUUUAGAUAUUUGCCAAGGUGGUGGUUAUUUUUCACCAAAACUAUAUUUGGGUUCAAAUCUGAACAUCACUUUUUUUACAAGUUUUCUUUCCCACUAAACUUGAAAUAUAGUCAAUUUUUAGUUGAAUGUUAUUGCAAUCAAAUCACUUUCCCAAGUUAUGUGUACAUUAAAAUAUCAGAUACCAAAAUGCUACCCAUUUAAAGUUAUUACUUUAUACACCUUAGUUUACUCGGGAAUCAAGAAUUAAACCCCUACCAAGAUUUUGUUUUAAUCCCCCUUUCCCUUGCACCAUCUGUAACCACGAGCAUCGACCAAAAGCUUCCAGGUCCUCUAGCAUUGAUCAUGAAACAUGGAAAUGGUCCAGGUAUUUAUUAUGCUACCUUUUCCAAAUGUUUCCAGUCAAAUAUUGAGAAAUCCUAUUGGUUGCAUCUCCAUCAUUUACAUAUGGAUAAUUGUUACCUUGCAGUUAGUUGCCCAUUCCAUUAAUUGUGCAAUUUGGUAAUGUUUUCUUGGUACCCAAGGAACAUUUGGAACUUGAAAGCUGGGAAGCCUUAAACCCAUCAGUGGAUUUUUUUUUUUAAUAAUAAAAUUCUAUAUUUAUAAUUUAUAAUAUACAAUAAAAUAAUUGGGAAGAAUGUAAGGCAUAAAAAUAAUUGGCACCUGAAAAUUCAAGACAUUGGCGAGGGAACAAAUUAGUUUUUACUUGUACUUCGUUAGAUAUUGACGAAAUCCAAUCUGAACAUUGAUGCAUAAUCUAAAUGAGCAUCUGUAGAUUAUAAAAUACCAAUUUUGUCAAAGAGGUCAUGAAAAUAAUUUUCUUAAUUUUGAUGCAUAAAUUUUGUAUCCAAUUUCAAAAGGUAGGGAAAAUAAUGACUAAAUAGCAUGUGGUCUUUUUUGAUAUUUUUAUUGUAGCUUCAAUUUGCAGAAAGUUAGAAACUAAAUCGCUUUAGCAAGCAGCUUAAUUUUAUAAAUAUAAUAAUCAAGUAUGUAGCUCACCCUAUGGCCACUGACAUAUUUUGCGCUUAUGCAAAAAUUGAGAUAUGAGCAAAGAUAUCAUGAAGCCCAUGUGAAGUAUUGACCAGUUCAGAAGUUAGUGUUGCAACAGACCCCAAGAUUGAAACUGUUUUCUACAUCUUAAAGUGCCUAUUAUGCAUUUACUAUUUUUGAAAGGAGAUUAUGAAAAUACCUGUAAAAUUAAUGGUGAUAAUGUACAAUGAGAAUCUUUAAUUUGCCUUUCACAUAACAAUCUAGUAAGGUUGAAUGUUAAUCUGAAGGAUGUAAUGGUGAUUUGUAACAAUACAUUUAGUAGUUUGUUAGAAAAUAAUUGCAUGAAAUAUGACUUGGCUGCAUAAUACAAGUUGGUGGAUGUUUCCAUUUAUUUUGCAAAAAUAAUAUAAUUCUCUUUGUCAAACUAUUAACCCAAUUUGUACUUUGCAACCUUGCACAAAAAUGCAAGGGGAUAGGGAAAAUAUUCCAUGCAACUGUUCAAAAGCAAGUGGUUAUUUGUGGCUUCACAAUUCAAAUUGUAUGAGCUUUUAACAAUUGCUCCUGCUAUGUAUGAUGAUAUUGCUAACUAGCUACUCAACAAGCAAAUAGUAAAGUGUCUAACCAAAUACCUGAUUGUGUUAAAUUAGUCAUACUGUUUAUUAUCAAUAGUGCUAUGUUCAUUCUGAGACCAAGAUUAGAAUGUUUAAGCUUGUCUGUGCUUUGGAGCACAUUUGCAGAUUGCAGGAUGGUUUAAUAGUUCAUAGUUGUAAAUGAAUUACUUUGUACAAAUCUACAUGUGUACAGAAUGCAGUUUUAAAUUUGAGUUGAAUAAACCACAAUUCUUAAUG